UUUUUUUUUUUUUGUAACAAAAUUGACUUGUGUUGAACACCGAAAGCGGAACUAAGUCUUGUCAUGUGAUUUCCGUCAGGACCUGUUUAAGGCGCGUACUGUUUACUUUCCGCUGCUGACGGCAAAACAUAAAACAGCCCGGUUUGCUGUCAAAAAUGUACUCUCACGGUUCAGAAAGUCUAAUUAAACAAGCAAGGGAGAUUCAGGAGCCCGAGCUGCAGAAGUUUUACAGCAGACUUGUGAAGCUGCUUCAGGUGAAGGAGCUCGGCCACGAGACUCUGGACUCUCUGCAGAGGCUGCACCUCAUCCUGUCGGCCAACAAAUAUACAAGAACGCUGCCUGCGGAGCUCCAGCAGAGGCUGGUAUCGCUCCUCUCCUCUCCUGCGGAGCAGCUCCAGGUGCUGAGCUCUGCUGUGCUCAGAGAAACACUGCCCCUCUCUGGUCAAGAGCUGAACUACAUCCAGGAAAACAUUAGUCAGCUGAACACUCAUGUUGCUGCUCUGCUGCUUUCUCAGUCUGGAUCCAGAGAUGACCUGUCGAAGCUCUGCACGCAGCUUAUUCAUACGUUAGAGAGCCGGCCGUCUGAAGGGUCGCCUCAGUCACUCAUGUUCACUCUGCCAGUGCUCAACACCCUGUUCACACUCAGCCCGGAGUGUCUCACUAAGGAUCAUGUGACUCUCUUGAGUAAAAAGCUUGUUGACUGGCUGCGUUACGCAAGCAUUGUGCAGGGAGGCGGAUCUUCCUCAGGAGGCUUCUUCAUGGGACCCAGGUCCCGUCAGCCUUUGCCGAUAGCAGAGCUGGAUGGGUCGGUGUCGGGGGAUUUCUUCACGGUGCUCUGUGUAGGGCAGGGCUUCACCGAGGACCAGUGGAUGAACGUUUAUUCUUUCUCCAUGCUGCGCCACUGGCUGCUCGCCUACAGCUCUGUUUCCAGCUGCAGCACUGCAGUGGAUACUGAUGAUCGGUCAGAGGUGGAGGGAUCGGUGGUUUCCAUGGUUUCAGCCACUUCCUCCUCCAGCCGCCUGCUUCCUCCAAAGGAGCGUCUGAGAGAGAAAGCCCUCCAGUACUGCCAGCGGCUGAUCGAGCAGUGRGAUCGCAAGGCACACAAGAAGACAGACACAGAACUGCAAAAAGCGUGUCUGGUGGAGGCGGUGUGUAUCCUGGACUGUGUGUGUGUUCAGGACCCCUCCAUGGUCUUCAGGGCCUUCCCUUGUGUCAAAGCCCUGUUUGGUCGGCUCAGCUCAGACCUGUCCUUCGCCAGAGUCCUGCUGCCCAUCGCACAGUUUUACCUCAACCACGGUGAGAUAGCAGCAGUGGACUGUGAGAGUGUGUGGAAGUUGGUCUUUGUUCAGUUUCCUGCUGAGCUCUUUAAUGACCCCUUCCUGGCACACGAGCUCCUGCGUUUCCUUCGACUCAACCUGGAGAGCGUGAAGCUCCGGGCUCCUGAGUUCAUACGCUUCUUUCCAAACAUCCUGAAGUUUCUGGCGUGGGACAGUCCAGCGAUGGUGGAUGACUUUUUGGACCUGCUGCCUUCUCUGGUUACUGUAGGAACUGCAGUGGAGCUGCUCCACACUCUGCUGGACCUCCCCUGCCUCUCUGCAACACUCGUCCUGCAGCUCAGGUCCACGUGUUUGCCCAUUGCAGAGCCAGGCGGCCGAGGACUUCUGUCACUGGAUGCGUUUAGAAACCCGUCUUUUAGAGGACUUUUCCUCUUCCUGCUUCGAGUGGAAUCAGGCUCAGGUGACACAAUUGACCGACUGAGCACACUCCACAAGCUGCUGUCUGAGGCUGCUGAUUGGCCAAGAGUCGUUCAGUGUGCUCAGACUGUCCCUGUUCUGCUGCAUGUAUAUUUCAACUCGGUCAUCACGGUGGCUGAUGAGAAGCUUUUAGCUCAUUUGAUCCUGGUGAUGCUGGAGAGAAGCAGCCUCCUCCUGAGCAUCCCCACAUACAGCAGGGAGGUUCACAGAGUGUUCAGCUGCCACCUGCUGAGGUUGUGUAAGCUCCGCCCCUCGCUGGUUGUGGACCAGUCUCGUGAGCUGCUGGAGUUUGCUGGAACCACCGCCAAUGUUUACAGCAGAGAAGAAAUCUACACUCAUGUGGUGUGGGUGCUGGGGGAGUACCUGUCAGCAUCGUCUGACUCCCGCUGCUCCGUCAGUCUCAUCACUUCCUGUUUCGAGGCUUUGGAGGCAGUGCUGUUUGAGAUCACGUCAUCUGCCCCGCCCCCUGGGACAGUAUGCCCCGCCCCUCGAGUGAUCACGUCCCUAAUGAGCGCUCUCGCUAAGCUGGCAUCGCGAUCACAGGACCUCAUUCCAAGGGUCUCUUUGUUCCUUUCCAAAUUGAGAACAAUAAGUAGAAGCGGYUCGGUCCCCUGGUGCUCUGAUGAAGAGGACCUUGUUGCCAUAGUAACACGGGGCGAGGAGCUGUGGUCACUGCUGAAGGCCCCCGGCGUGGCUCAGAGCGUCCUGACUCCGCCUCCACACGUCAGCACGCCACGGUGGCACAGGGACACCAAUCUGGCCAUGCCACUUCUGCUGCGAGCCCUCACAAGGCUGACACACCCACAGUGACAUCAUCUUCAUCAUCUUCAUCUUCUUCAUCAUCAUCAUCAUUCUGCACUGGUACCACAAAUCUCCAUCCCGAUGAACUUUAUUUGUUUUUGUAGAUUUUUGCACCUUAAUUUUGUAAAUAAACGACACAACUCAAAUGAAA